AUGUUUGAAAUUGAAUGUGAUGCCUCAGAUAUCAGAAUUGGUGCUGUGUUGACCCAAGAAGGGAAGCCCAUGGCGUAUUUUAGUGAAAAGCUAAGUGGUGCACCAUUGAAUUACCCAACUUACGAUAAGGAAAUGUAUGCUUUGAUCCAGACAUUGGAAAUAUGGAAACAGUAUUUGUGGCCGAAGGAGUUUGUCAUCCAUUCAGACCAUGAAUUGCUCAAGCACAUCAAAGGCCAGCACAAGCUUAACAAAAGGCACGUAAAAUGGGUAGAAUUUCUUGAAUCCUUCCCUUAUGUUAUACGGUAUAAAAAAGGUAAGGAAAAUAUUAUGGCUGAUGCACUAUCUCGUGGAUAUACCUUGUUAAAUCAUUUGGAUUCAAAACUGCUUAGGUUUGCAUUUUUGAAAGAUUUGUAUAACUCUGAUGCUGAUUUUGGGGAUGUAUAUAUAUUGUGUGAACAUGCUGCUGUUGAUAAGUUUUUUAGGUUCGAUGGCUUCCUUUUUCGAGAAGGUAAGCUCUGUAUCCUGCAAAGUUUCGUGCGAGAGUUGCUCGUACUCAAGGCACAUGGUGGUGGCCUCAUGGGGAUGAAACGGGAUGUCAAGAAAAUAUGUUCGCGAUGCUUGGUUUGUAAGAAGGAAAAAUCAAAGGUUAACCCACAUGGGCUGUACAUGCCUUUGCCUAUCCCUAAAGGGCCUUAG